CUUUUAUUUGAUACUGGGUUUUUAUUGGACAGAUUGGUAUGGAAACUAGAGUUUCAACCAAUCAAACAGCAACAUUGGAAAAUGUCAUCUCCAACGGUUACAAAGAUUUCGAAACUUGGCCAAAUGGGGCAACGACCAGCCCAAUUCGAAAUCUUCCACAUGGAGCGCAAGCAUGCUUCCCCGCGAGCAAGUCCGACUGCUGCUAGUGCCGCGAAUCCUUCUCGGACGCAGUAUGGCUCCAUGCCGGUCGUCACCAUGAAGCGCACCAACGCCUGGUUCAAGCGCCACGCAUUGCCAAUAGCCGUUGGCGCCGCAAUCGCAUUGUCGUUUGGCGUCUGCAUUGUCCACCAUGUCACUUUCGAUGCUUCUCCAACUUCAUCGACCACGACCUCGCAGUUGUCGUCUUCGUCGUCCUUUCUCCACGUCGUUGAAACCAGCUUUGACAGCGGCCAUCUGACGCAAUCUAUCCACCACGCCCCUCUUCGCCCAUCGUCCCACCAAAAGGGCGAUGCCACGUCGAGCCACAUUCUCGUGGACACAUCCACGACGUUCCAACACAUUGUCGGGUUUGGCGGCGCGUUCACGGAAGCCUCGGCGCUGCAGUUCCAGCGACUGCCACGACACAAGCAAGACGAUGUCCUCCGGUUGUACUUCAGUCCGGCCGCGGACGGCGGCGCCGCCUACUCUGUCGGCCGCGUGCCAAUGAACUCGUGCGACUUUUCCCCAUCUUCAUACUCUUUCGACGACGUCGACGGCGAUACGCUGCUCGAGCACUUUGACAUGUCUGUCACGCACGACACGGACGCGAUGAUUCCGCUGAUCCAGCGCGCCUUGUCUCUUAACCCUGACAUGAAGCUGUUCCUGUCACCAUGGAGCCCUCCCGCGUGGAUGAAGAUGCCUGACGCAUCGGGGAAGCUCGACAUGCUCGGGUCCGCGCAGCCAUAUGGCCUCAAUCCCGCCUUUCAAAGCUCGUGGGCGUUGUACUUUUCAAAGUUCAUUUCCGCCUACAAAGGGUACGGGAUCAACUUUUGGGGUCUCACGCCUCAGAACGAGCCGCAGCAGCCGGCGCCAUGGGAAGCAUGUCUGUACGACGACUCGACACAGGCCGCCUUUAUCGCCGACUUUCUCGGACCGACCAUCCGCCGCGACCACCCGCAUGUGAAGAUUCUCAUCUUUGACCACAACCGCGGCAACGUCCACAUGUGGGCCCAGGGUGUGUACAACCACUCGGCGGUCGCGCCGUUCGUGGACGGUGUCGCAUUUCACUGGUACGACAAUACGAGAGACCUCGACGGCGUGCAGAACCACGAACAUGUCAACCAGACGCACCACCUGGACCCGACCAAGCUGCUCCUGGCGACGGAAGCCGCGCACUGUCCGGGCGUCGCGACGGGGCCGCAGGCAUGGGACCGCGGCGUGCGCUACGCUCACGACAUUCUCCAGGACUUGAGCCAUCAUGCCGGCGGAUGGGUCGACUGGAACCUCAUGCUGGACCACCAAGGCGGCCCCAACAAGCUCGGCAACACGUGCGACGCACCCGUGAUCGUUCAUCCGGAUGGCCAAGACUUUACCGUACAGCCCAUGUUCCACUACAUCAAGCACUUUUCCGGAUACAUUCCACCAGGGUCGACGCGAAUCAAGUCGAGAGUGCAUGUAAAGUUUACUACAGCAGACAGUCGUGGCGGCGACGUGGGCGAGCUGGCGGCGCGGUUCCCAGCAGGCGCGUACGGCUGCGACCGGUCGAGUCGGCAGCGCAUUGUGCGCACAUCGGACGCCAAGCUGCAAGUGGCCAACACGAGCUUGUGCAUUGACGUCGUGGCCGAGCCGUGGUUGGGCAACCGGAUCGAGUUGGUCGAGUGUCAGUACACUUCGAAUUCGUGGACAUUUGGCUUGGAAGAUGGGACGAUUUCAUUUGAAGCAAUAGCACGUCCACAGAUAUCCACCAACGAAACCCAGGACGUUGAGACUAAUGCAGGAGGUGGAUGCCUCACGCAUCGGAAUGGCGCGCUGGAAGACGGCGGCCGACUCACGCUGGAACCAUGCAUGGCCGCGGACAAGGCGGCGCAGACGUGGAUGUUUGAUGGGGCGGCGCUGGUGAACCCGUCGAGUGAGCAUUGUGUCACGGCAGGCUAUGCAUUUGUCCAGGCGGUGGCCUUUACCACGCCAGACAAGGCAAGUGUCCUCGUGGUGCUCAAUGAACAUCCCUGGGAAGAUGUCUCGUUUGAUAUUGUAGUCCAAGAUGGGAAGCACCAACAGUCGGUACCCACGGUCGUGCCUAAGGGAUCUAUUCGAACGUUUGUGUGGUAGUAGUACUAGUAGUACUAGUAGUAUGAGACGAAGCACUGUAUUGUAUCAAGUUCAACGUCAAGGUCGUACAAACGACACAUAAUUAGAGCCAGUGCGGCACCUGUCCCGAAUUCGUCCCACUGUGCCCCACUGUGCACAGCAGUGUAGCCCUUUGACCCAAAAGUUGGCUGACUUUUGCGCUGAUUCGCCAAA